GAUGACGCUUUUCUCCGUUACCAAGGCAUUUUCAAGGCAAACACUAGCUUGUGAGCUAGGCUAGCCAAUCUGCCAGAUAAUCUUAAAGCUAUGAUAUAACCCUCGUUUGGCGCUUUGACCGAGUUUAACUUAAAGUAAAAGGGACUUUGUCAUCGACUUCAGCAGCUUCAGCGAUUUUAGCCUGUAGUCAGUGGCCGAAAUUAGAGGCUGCGAACACCCAUUUUCUUUUGGAUCAGCUCAGUUUACAAGCUAGCUAGUUUGCCUAGUAACAUCUACGUUAGCUUCGCAGCCAACAUGGCUGAAUUUGGGUUUAAUGAACACCAUCAGAAUGAAGUCAUCAAUUACAUGCGAUUUGCACGUUCAAAGAGGGUCCUCAGGCUAAAGACUAUUGACUCCUGCUUUGAAGAACUCAAAGACAGCAGGCUGGUGGAUGAAACCUUCACAGUGGACGAAGUGAGGGAGAUGCUGGAUGGGCUGCAGGUGGUGGUGCGUGGGGAGGUGGAGAUGGAGCUCAUCAACACAGCCCACACCAAUGUGCUACUGCUCAGGCAGCUCUUCUCCCAGGCUGAGAAGUUUUACCUUCGACUGCAGAGCGAUAUCUCAGAGCUGGAGAACAGGGAGCUGCUGGAACAAGUGGCUGAAUUUGAGAAGACUGACUUUAAAACCACUGAUAAGAUAAACCAGGAAGCAAGCAAACCUAAGCUAGCACCACUGAAUGAGGGUGGGGUGUCUGAACUUCUUAACAAGGAAAUCACAAGAUUACAGGAGGAAAAUGAUAAACUGAAAGCCCGCCUGCGGACUUUAGAAUCCCAGGCGAUGAGUGCACUCGAUGAGAAAACCAAGGCAGAGAGAGCUCUGAAAGACCUUCAGAAAGUGCAAGGUGAACAGCAGUCGACUGCUCGAUCCCAGGAGAUCAACAAUCUGGAGGACACGGUGGCAGCUCUGCGGGAGGACUACGAAAGGUCUCUCAGUGCCAAUGCUGCCUCCCAGAGGGAUCUGCAAGAAAACCUGAUCUCUUCGAAACACGAGCUUCUGCGAGUGCAGGAGCAGUUGGCCUUGGCUGAGAAGGAGUUGGAGAAGAAGUUCCAGCAAACUGCGGCCUACCGAAACAUGAAGGAGAUCCUAACAAAGAAGAAUGAGCAGAUCAAAGAAAUUAGAAAACGACUGCAGAAAUAUGAGCCCAAUGAAUGAGUUCUACCCAAGACAGCUGGUUAAACAGGUGUCCAGAGGGCGAGACAGGAAAAUUUAUGGCUGUGGUUUGGACAACGAAACCAUCAGUCCCACUACUGCAAGACAACAGAGAGAGAGAAAGAAAACGGCAGUUCCUCAAGGAAUUGUUUAUUCAUGCUUUCUCUGGCAUCUUCGGUAGUUAUUGGCUUUAGUGAAGAGCGGACGUGGGGAGGUUGGCUGUACACACAACUGAACACGCAAAUGAAGUAGUGACAAUUGAUAGCCUUUUUCAGCUGUGCUUUUUUUCUACGUUUCAGUCUGGAUCUCACUAAGAGUAGCUAGCAGACUUCCCUCAGUGCUCUAUGCAAUUACUGUCAUGUCCCUGUUUGAAGAGGCCUUGUCCAUUUGGACAGAUAUGUACUGUCUGUCUGAAGCUCUGCGGUCUUAUGUAUCUGAUGGUUUUAGGUCAUAUUUAACCUUCUUGCACCAGGUAACUGAUUAUUGAUAUUUUGCUGAUAAGUCUUAAUUUUAGCAGACCUUUGGUAGUCAAACUUCACUGAUUUAGACCCAAGCAAACCGCAAGCCACUUUGUUUAUUGAUAGUGAACAGCUUCAAAGUAAAGUUUCAUGAGCGUUUGAGGUCAAACACUUAACAGCAUUUCAUGUGAAAACGUUUCCAAUGAUGUGACAUUCUGUGAAAGUCUGGCCAUCAAAAGUAUACCAAAUUUCUUGCUUUUUAUUUUUUUUCUGCUCUUGCAUUUUGAGUGACAUGAAUAGUGAUGUAGAAUGAUUUCUCUUCUUCCUAUAAAGGCCAUAGAAUAUUUUUGUGUGGAAUCUUUAACUGUGUACUUUUCAUAUUGCUGUGGGUGACGGAGUGUAAGAGAGAAAAAAAUCUAUAUAUCUACCUAUAUAUAUAUAUAUCUAUAUAUAUAUAUACAUGAUGUUCAUGAAGAAAUGCUCUUGUAGAGUAUUAUACAUCUGCCCUGUAUUAUACUAGAUGUGCAUUUGUUUGUAUUGUGUAAAGUAUGGGGAAAUAAAAGCUGUUACCAAAUA